CCAUAUCUUCAAACUUGGCUGGAGAAUGGCAUUUGCUUACUCCACCCUAACCUACUGGCUCGUGAACCACCCCUACAUCACCAAUUUCAAGUGGACCGAAGGUGAAACCUUUGGCUCCACCGUAUUCUUUGUAGCCGUUGUAGUCUCUCUUUACCUCUCUGCAACAUUCCUUCUCCGACAUGCCAUAGUUUCACUCCCCUCACUCGGUCCCAAAAUUCUCAAACCAAUCACAGCCGUUCAUAGCCUCGUUCUCUGCCUUCUCUCCCUUCUCAUGGCCAUCGGUUGCACUCUCUCCGUAGCCUCAGACCCAACGGUGCGUUCGUUCCACGCCGUCUGUUUUCCUAUCGGCGUGAAACCUAAAGGACCGCUCUUCUUCUGGGGUCAAGUCUUCUACCUCUCGAAGAUCCUCGAGUUCGUAGACACACUCCUCAUCUUACUCAACAAAUCAUUCCAACGGCUCUCGUUCCUCCACGUGUACCACCAUGCGACGGUUGUGAUCUUGUGCUUCAUCUGGCUCCGAACCCGCCAGUCGAUGUUUCCGGUUGCGCUCGUGACGAACUCGACUGUCCACGUCUUCAUGUACGGUUACUACUUCCUCUGCGCCGUCGGAUGGAGACCCAAGUGGAAGAGGCUGGUGACGGAUUUUCAGAUUGUGCAGUUCUUUUUCGGCUUUGGCUUGUCUAGUUGGAUGUUGCCGGAGCAUUUCUUCGGGGCGGGUUGCUCUGGGAUGUGGGGACUAUAUUUCACCGGCGCGUUUAAUGUCUCUCUGUUGGUUCUCUUCUUCAACUUCCGCUCCAAGAACUACGCGAACAAGACUAAACUGUCUUGAAUUGUUGAAUAUUCUGAAAUGUUGAGCUGUUAGGUGUGUUGUAGUUACUUGAAAUGAUAUUUGGAUUG